AUGGCUCAAGCGAAAGGGAUCGCAAAAUUCUGGAUAGCCACCAGCAAGCAGAUCGAAGAUGUGCUGUCUCACGAGCGAUUUGUGCAGGCAGCGGAAACGACGAAAGAUGUGCGGAUUGUGCAUCGUUUGGUAUCGGAUUUGUACUGUCGCUACGUGCAGCUCUGCCGAAGUCUAGAGCAUUGCUACGAUCAGACGCUGCAGGUUCAGAAGCGUGAGGUUGUCCAAUACCUGCUGCAAGCCAGUAACACCCGCCUACUAGAGUUGGGUUCCAUGUUGAAGGACAUCGAGCUUAGUGAUUUCGUGUACAUCGACGGUGCUAUCCAGGAGCUUCAUCUGAUACCGGAGGAUGUGCAAGCCGUAAGGCCAUGUUACUUCCCCGCCAAGCGACCGCCUCAUCUUCAGGAGUUACUUCGAUCGAAACGGUUGCAACGCUUUGCUCCAGCUAGCGGUAACAGCAGCGAUCAAGAGGAGGAGGAGGAGGAGGAACAGGAAGACAUUUCGUUGGAGAAUGGUGAGCAACGGCAAGAGGGCACUGCACCUGGAAAGCUAAAACGACCGAUUGUCAAGCGUGAUCGCAAGAAAGAACGGUUGCAAUGGGCACUCCGUUUAAUUCUGGCCCACGAGAAAGCCCGCCAGGCGCGGGUCCUUCGGACAAAUUAUCGCCUGCACCCGGACCGAUACUUUCCGAAACCGAUCGACGAGGAGCUGGUGGAUAUUCCGUACGAGUUUUCCUAUCGCCCCGGUCAGCAGAUGCUCUUUCCGGUCAAGCGAACCGUUUUCAACUGGAACUUUCAGAUGCAGCAGAAAGAUCUGGUCGCUUUCGCUUACUACACGCCACCGGGAUGGCAGGACAAGAAGGUGACUGUAGCUCCUGUCGCAGUGGAGUCCUCCCCCGGAGACAGGUCAAGGAUUAACGCAGCGCAAUCUGAUGAGCUUGAUACUGGGCUGGCUUUGGCCGAAGCGGAAGCAUCGCGUGUCGCCGAGGAUUGCGAAAAACUUCGACUGAACCGUGCGGCACGGCGAAUCCAGCGUUGUUGGCGUGAAUUUCGUGCCGGAAAACAGCUGAAACGAGCACGGUACGAACGAUCGCGGUUUUUGGGACUUUUCGAUGAUCAAAAACCGAUCGAGCGGGCACCGAUGGUCGCCGUGGAUCGUGCGCGAACUGAGCGUAGCAAUCAGAAGGUGGUGUUUGAUCAACGCUUUCUUGAAGCGAUCGCAGACGAGAGGGCAAGAAUAUUGCGGACCCGUGCUCCCGCUCUGCUCGAGGAUAUAACAGAGCUGGUGCGAGCCUGGUUUCGCCAGUGGUACGACGAGGCGCAUGCUUUCGAUGUUAUCCCGGAACCAUUCCAGGGUGGUACCGUGCUGAUUGUGCGAGGUGAAACCCGCACCCCGAUGGAGUACCUAGAGGAGGAGCGUUUGAAGCGGUUGGAAAAGUUGAAAUCACCAGAACAGAGGAAGAAGGAAGCGGAUGCGAGAAAGGCCGCCCGGGAACUGGAGUUGAGUAAAAAGCGCGAGGAAAAGGAACGAGCGAAAGAGUUGGCCCGGGAGAAACGAGCUAGGAAGAAGAAAGAAGGGAAAACGUACGACUUUAGUGAACCGGAAUUCGUUAGCAAUGCGUACCUGAGCCUCGAAGAAACGCUUCGCCGUUAUCGGAAGGAUUGGGCGUUUAUCGAUGAAAUGGAAAACGUUGCCGAGCUGCCCAUCAUGGAGUGGAUCACGUUGGAACAAUUUUCCGAGGUGCACCAGGAGCUACAUGCCGACGUGAACGAGCUGCUGAAAGCGGAACGCGAACUCCUGCAGCAGGCACUCUGUGCGGAUGAGAGGCAAAAGUACAAACCACCCAAAGCGCCACGGCCUCCGAAGGUGAAGAAAGGCGUUGAUAAGAAAAAGAAGAAAAACCGGGAACCGAUCGAUCUUACGGCUGAUCGUACGGUUGAAUCGUUGUUCGAGGAACUGGUCAACGGAAAUGUGCUCAAAGCGUACCGGAAGCGAACGAUCGAUGAGUUUGUCGGUGAUCUCAACUAUGCAGCGUACGAGCGACGCCAACGGUUCGAACAGGACCCACCGGCAGGGUUGGGCGAGAUUCGAACGAUCGUACGAUCCUUUCUCUACGGAAUGGGCCCACUGGGGAUUCCGAUUCCGAAACCUCGCUCGCUGUGUCUGGUUGCACCAUCAGGGUACGGUAAAACGCUCCUGCUCGAAGCCAUCUGCCACGAAACGGACUCGGUGCUGUUUGAUCUGAGUGUCGAAACCUGUCAACCGAUUCCUGGCCCGGACGUGCCAGCAUUUCUGCAGAUGAUUCUAAAAGUCGCGCGGCUGCUGCAACCCUCCGUGAUUGCACUGGAGGAGGUUCAUAGGGCGUUCUACAAAAAGGUACCACCAACCGAGGCCCACCAGGAUCCGACGAAGCUCGGUAAGUGGUUGCUCAAGAUGAUCGUGAAGCAGCUUAAGCCGGACGAUCGAAUCCUGCUUGUGGGCACCACCGAUCGUCCAUGGUUAGCGAAAGUGGGUCCACUGAAGAAGUUUUUCGACAAAUUUCUUAUCUUCCCCCGCCCUGACUACGGCUCGACGGUACUGCUUUGGAAACGGGCAUUACUUCCGUUCCCGGGUGUUCCACGGGAUCUCGAUCUAUCGGCACUGGCUACCGUUACGCGGGGCUACUCGCCCGGUCAGAUUCUGCAGUGUCCCCGACAGGUGCUCACGAUUCGUCGUCGAAUGCAGUUCGAUCGAAGGCCACUGCGUGUGGAAGAGUUUGUGGAUCAUUUCCUCUCGCAAACACCUCAACCCCUGUAUCCCAUUGCGGACAAGGAGUACGAACGGUUCGUCAAGUGGCACCAGAAGGUAGACCAACUGGCGAAACAGCGAGCUAAGCUAAUGCGCGAACGUGAGGAAGCGGCCAUCCCCAAAUCGAAGGGUAAACCAAAUUAA